AUUUGGCAGGUUCGUCCCUGGAGGGUGUGUGUGUGUAUGUGUGCGAGUCUCUCCAAGCAACGACCUGCGAACGGGCAUCCGAGCCAGUCUGAGCAAAAAAACAGGAACCACAUUAAUUUCGAGUGUCUUUGCAAUGUUCCCGACGAUAUUUCUACAUUAUUUGCUUUGAUCUCGUCAAAGUUACCGUCUCACCAGAAGUCGGCUUCAGAAACGAAACAAGAAAUUAAUGCAUCUCGCUCCGCUUUCCUGUUUGUUUUGACCUGUGUAGCUAGAAGGGAAUCCUGUUCGAGGGAUUAGCGGUCUGUCAAUGAGGAACUACCGGCUCAUCUUCUGCCACAACCUGAAGCAGCCAUAGAUGGUUCAGUGGUUUACUGGCCAGGGGAGGAGAGGAUAGAACACACUUUCACUGCUACACGACGUGAGGUCUUGGCGGGGUUGUGGUGAGGAGGAGGAGGAGCAGGCCAUGAGGAAGAGCGUGUCUCCGUUGCCAGGCAACGAGGGCGGGAGCUCAGCCAGCACCACACGGGUUUUUGGUGUUCCUCUGGAGGAUGUGACACACACACACACAAUCAGCGGCCAUGAGGUUCCUGCACUAGUAAAAGAUAUUGUCGACUACAUUGAGGAGCACGGUCACCUGGACUUUGAGGGGCUCUUCCUGGUUAAUGGCAAUGCAGAGCGAGUGGAUUGGUUGCGUCAGCGCUAUGACAGUGGUGAGGAGGUGAAGCUAGAGAAGGAGGCCGAUCUGGCGUCAGCCGUCAGUUUGCUCCGACUGUUCUUGCAGGAGCUUCCUGAGCCCGUUAUCCCAACGGCUAUACAGGGACGUAUACUACAGCUCUAUCAAGAUUACGACAACGAAGAAGAGGUGUGUAGAAAUUUGAAGUAUCUGCUUCAGGACCUUCCCCAGUUGAACUACGGUCUGUUGCGUUUCCUGUGCCGCUUCCUGGCUAGCGUGGCGUCACUUCAGCAAAAGAGCUGGAACGUCGGAGCGCUGGCCGCCGUCUUUGGACCCGACAUCUUCCAUCUGUCAACAGAAGGAGAGGACCUUCGGGACCAGGAGUCUGUCAGCAGAGUCCUGGCAGAGCUGCUGGACAAUCAGGAGGGCCUGUUUGACUCAGAGGACGAUGAUGUCUCCACCACCAAUGACUACAGCUCCAUCAAUGAACAGAUCACAGAGCUGUUGGAUGAUGAGAAGUGUGAGGCAGAAUGUGAAGAGCUGCCUCAGGACGGGGAGGACGGCCCUGCCUCCGACUCACCGCAACGCACGCACACCGAUGACAACCCCGCAGUCAGCUCCCACCUCUCCCCUAUAUCCAUCCUGCCUGCUGACUCUGCUGAUAUUAUUCAGCGGACCAUCAGGGCUGCAGUGGAGCAGCACUUCUUUGAUCUGAAAAACUCCAUCGACCAAGACCUCAGCAGCUACGACAGCCAGGGGGAGAGUCCCAGUGAGCCUGCAGACCAGGGCUGUGAUGGAGACGAGGAGCAACAAACUGACCCUGAAGACAGUGCCUGCGACACAGAAGGGGGUACCCCGCUCACACAGCCUGAGCAGCACAUCCAACAAAAUCAGCGAGAAGCGCAGAAUUCACUGGACUCUGUGCCCACCCUGGAGGAGGGCUCAGGAAUGGACCUGGAUGCAGAGUCUGUCACCGAUGCAAAGAACAACUUAAACACUGCCAGGCAGGACAAUCAGCCUCUUGUGACGAUGGAGCACACUGUCACCAUAAGCUGUGACUCCAGUUCAUGUUGCUGUGAUCACAACGCCAACACCAGCCAGCCCAACAGGAACCACCUGUCACCAUGCCAACCAGACUCCUCCCACCUCCAGCUUUUUCCCAACAACCAAUGGGAAGCGUCACCCCCCUCCCAUCUCCACCUCCCUCCCAUCGACUUCUCAUUGAUGCAUCUGCAAAAGGAAGGCCAAGACCCCGUCCCAGCUUUUAAAUCCUGGCAGGAUGACAACGAGAGCGGAGAGGCACAGCUCUCCCCGCUGGCCGGUCGCAUGGUUCCUCUCCCUCCGCUCCCCCUGGAGGAGGGUGGUGAAGAGGAACAGGGAGAGGGAGGGCAGGAUGACUCCCCUUCCUCUUCCCGCUCCCACCCUCACCUGCUGGCACGGCGCUUUCUUGAUUUUGGUGUGCACGGUGCCCAGAGAUUCCUCCAGCAGGAUCUGGACGCCACCUCACCCACCAAAGUACAUAGGCCCAGGCGAGCAUCGUUUGGUUCCAAAGAGGCGAUGAGAGGAGGAGAUUCGGUGAUGCACCAGCUCACCAAAAAGCUUCAGCAUCUGAAGAAGAAAAUCAAACAGUUCGAAGAGCAGUUUGAGAAGGAGAGAAACUACAAGCCUUCUCAUGCAGAUAAGGCAGCUAACCCCAAGGUCCUCAAAUGGAUGACUGACUUGACCAAGAUCCGCAGGCAGAUUAAAGGACGCCAGCACCACCUUUUGCCCAGAAGCACGUUGAGGCACCAGGCUUUGAUCCAUUCACACAGAUGCCACCAUGCUCCCUCCUCCCCUUCCUCCUCCUCCUCCUCCUCUAUCUGCUCACCUCCCCAUCACAUACUCACCCCCCCGCUCCACCCCUACUCAGGCCUACUCAGCUCUAGACCGUUUCACCUCAAUGCCAAACACCGUGCAGAGACCGAGCUCGGCCCUCAGACUCGGCCCCGCAGCAACACCUUGCCCAAGAGCUUUGGAUCCACACUGGAUCACAGUGCUCAUGACGCAGCAGGGGAGCUCAAAGGCCCGCGGCCUACAAGGGAGGAAACACUGGAGCUGAUCCAAUGCAGAGUCAAAGACAAGAGGGAGGAGGACGGCUGGCCGGAUGAUAUCAAGAAGAUGACAAAAGAGCAAUUAACCUGUGAGAAGACUGUCCUGCAGAAGAAUCUGCUGCACUACGAAGGGCUGCACGGUCGACCGGUGACCAGAGAGGAGCGGCUGGUAGUGAAACCUCUGUACGACCGCUACAGGCUGGUCAAACAGAUGCUCACCAGAGUCAGCAUUACACCUGUUGCAGUAUCUCCAUCUAGUAAGAGGCGGAGUAAAACCCUGCAGCCAAUCAUUGAGGGUGAAACUUCUCACUUUUGGGAGGAAAUUAAAGAGGAAGAGGAGGAGGAGGAGCAAGAGCAGAAAAGUGGAGGAGAAGAGGAGAGGGAUGAGGAGGAAGAAGAAGAGGAGGAGGAGGAGGAAGAGGGAGAGAGCAGCGGUGGUGAGAUGCAGAGCCCCGAAGUUAUCAUGGCCAUCGACCCAAUGACCUCGAGCGACGGGCCCGUGAGCAGCCAGAACCAGUCUGACCGACAGAGCGACUGUUCAAUGAGAGAAAAGAUGGAGGAGGGAUCGGGGAGGCUGGCGCUCGACCUGCGUCUGUCCAGCUCGAACGCCUCAUCCAUGCCAGAGCUGCUGGAACAGCUGUGGAAGGCCAGAGCAGAGAAGAAGAAACUGAGGAAGACCAUCAGAGAGUUUGAAGAAGAUUUCUAUCAGCAUAAUGGAAGAAAUGUUCAGAAGGAGGACCGGGUGCCGAUGCUGGAGGCGUACAGAGAGUACAAGAGGAUCAAGGCCAAACUCCGCCUGCUGGAGGUCCUCAUCAGCAAGCAAGAUUCCUCCAAAUCCAUCUAGACCCCUUCCUCAAAUAUCCGCUAUCCCCGCACACAUCAGCUGUCAUCACUGCAGCGACGCUACGCCCAGGACGCCUAGCCUGUCAUCACGCCUGGAGAGUUUAACAAAGACUGCAGCCAACAGUCAAACACACAACAAAUGACCUCCUGUUGGUACCCUGCAGCCACAUCAUGGGGAAAUUAAGUCAGCGCUGACUGCUUUUAUUAAAAAGUAAAAAAAAUAAAAGUACCACCGAAAUCGUAAAUACGACAUAUGGUGUAGCUAAGCUACAAAUAGCCUCACAAAAAUUUAAAUGGUACGGAAACACCCAAAAUAUUCAAAAAGCAGAGGUCACAAAGAGAAACACAUGACUGACUCUGCCACAUAUCAAACAGAAGAAUAUUUUAGGGCGGCUUCAAGUGUCAUUUCCUCAAAUUAAAAAAUGGAAUGACAUCUCAAAUGUUUUUUUUUAAACUUGUUAGUGAUCCAAUCUGCCAAAUGCCUGCAAGUGUGUGAGGACGAACACUGGAAAAGUAAAGCCGUCAUUUAAUGUGUGGCCAAACCGAGGUGCUUUGCCAAAUAUCUGAAACCUAGGUUUUAGUUGAGCAUUUUAAACUUAAAUGUGCGUUCUUACAACUUUUUCCCCCUGAUGUGAAUGCAGCACGGCCGCUGGUCAAACUUAAAGCAACUUCCAUCAUCCAUCCCCGCUGCCUCAGUCUGCAUAUCAUCUGAAAACAAACAGCAGUUUAAAUAAAAAAGACAAAGAGAAACUAAUCACUGUGUGUAUCAUCAUCAUCAUCAUCAUCAUCUCACCAAUUUGACUCAAGACUCUGCACUCGUCUCUCACCUCCUGGUUUUCUGACCAGGAAGAAAAAGGCAAAAGCAUUUUGACUUUUUGAUUUCAAGAACAUUACUGUUGUCGUCGAUCUUUGUGUUUCUGAGGAAUCUCAUCGGACAGCUCGAGGACUGGCAUUUUAGACACUCUUCACUCAACACACUUCGGAUUCAUCUGGAACGUCUCGCACUGCGCUUCAACCUCUUUCACUUGUCAUUUUAAUAAUAAUAGUCUAACAUCCUUACAUCCUGGAUGCCUCACCUUCUGACUGAUUUUAAAUAUUCAUCCACAAGAUUUCAAAGCCGCUUUGUUUUAAAAAGAUGAUGUAGACCGUGCAAGAUUUAUUCCAACAAAAGUAUUAAUUCUUUUCGUUAUUUUCUAUUCUUAGGCGUUUUCUUCUACUUUUUGUUUGCAUUUCAAAAAACAGUGAUGUGGGAGCAUCUUGCAAAAAGGAAAAAAGAAAAGCUGCUUUAAGUCUUUCGACAGCUCCCAGGGCCUCAUUAAACAGAAGAUGCUCACAGGAAACAGCUGUGACUUGGCUCCUUGUGUUUCGUCCGUCUCCUGUUCAGUUUGCCACGUUGUAGUUCCUGAGGAGUUAUGGGUGAUAACUGAGAAUCCAAAAGCAUGUUGGCAGCGGGCAUUAGUAGUCUUGUGACUAAUCUGGAGGUUUUAAUUGAAAUUUGAAGCUGAGCAGAUCAUUUGUAUGUUAGCAUGAUGUCCUCAAUACUGAGAGCUGAGGUUGUUUUUAACGAGUGAACGGUCUUUAGGUGUGCCUCUGACCUCCGGUCCGCAGUUUGAUUUCCUGCUGGCAGGUCAAAGUAGGGCAGGUGAGGGGAACAAAGUCUGAUUUGAGCUCUUCUUUUAUUGUUUCCAGUAAGAGUCGAGGCGUCACAGCGUGCUUUAAAGUGUGGGACAAAAGUUUCCGACAGUCACUGAAUUUUGGUUUUAAGCUGCGAGCUCGUCAGUCAGCUGUUUGUCGUUUUUCUUCAAUCUGCACUUGCAUGUUUUAGGCGCACAGGACAAAGCUGACGCACACUUCUCUGCCUGGUUCAGAGGUGGCUGCAGUCUGUCUGUCGGUGGGCAUUCAAAGCUAUGAAUGAGGUGAACCUUUUGUGUUGUGUGAAGAUUAUUAGAAGUGUGAGAAGUUGGGACAGUUGAAGUUAAAAAGUUUGAUGUAAAAAGAUGUUAUUUGCACAGCAUUCACAGAAUGCAGCCCUUUGUGUUUUAUAAUUUUUUUUCCAUUUGUAUUUCUAGAAAUGAAGCACUACUUCUAUACAGAAAUUAUACUGUACAUUUAAUAAAAAAGAAAAAGAAAUACCCGAAGGAAUGAAUGUCAAAAGAAAUGUUUAAAUUAUUUCAAACAUUAAGUUUGGCCCCCUUUGGUUUAUUAUUGUUUGUGAUGCCCUGAGAAUGUGUUUUUUAUUAUUAUUAUUAAUAUUAUGAAUACUGCUUGUAGUAUCAUAACCAUUAUUUUGUGUGGUAACGACAAUAAUAAUCCUUUUGUAUGUACUCACUAACUGUAAAACCAGCUGUAGACGUUAGUCUGGCACUGUGGCGAGACGCACACGAACCUGCUCUGUUUUCUGAAUUACUUUGUUGCUCUGUGUAAUAUAAGCUAAUAUAGAAGCUGUACUGUAGUGAGCUUGCAUGGCAAACAAGAACAUAAUCAUAUGAAAAAAAGUCACAUUGUUUCCAUUAUUUGUGCCAUGAAGAAGCAGCAAUAAUAUGUUUGUGUUCUCUUUAACACAAAAAGCAUUGUGGGUUUGAUCCCGAGUGAACAUUUGAGGUACGAUGUUUCCGGGGUUGGACAGUGUGUUUUUACCUCUGCGUCACGCCGGCACUGCUGAAAUCCAACGUAUCAAUAAGUCUGUGAAACUAGCAGGGAUUGAAAAGCCAAUGACAGAUGUAUCAUCUGAAAACAUUCCAGUUUUUAUCGUCAUCAAAAAAGUGAAGAAAAGCGAUCCACCGUCAAUAUCUGAAGGGCUUUUAUUUCUGUCGACUUGUUUUUCAUUGUGCCUGUAGCAGAGUGGUAAAAUUCACAAAUGUAAAUGUAUUCUGUCGGUGUACAGUAUGCUUCAUCUCACACUUACCCAUCUGACGUGCAUGGUUGUUUUACACACCAGGAAUUCAGAGCAAAACUCCUCUUCAAAGACGUCUCCUAGGUCCUCCUGGAGAUACUUUAGAGAUUAGACACAUUUUUACUAACUGAUUAUUUAAAGUGAUUUAAAUAAAAGUUGUCCAGAAGUUAGUUUAAAAGACAGAAAUUAUGUUUUUCCUUUAACUACAAACAGUCUGAAGUCAAGAAGAAAACCUCAGGACAUCCUUGAGAUGGGAUUUUGCUAUAAAUUCCUUCAGUCGAGAUUUCAGGAGGGAUGCGGUAUCAGACGCUCCCUCCCAUUUCCUCCAGUCGACCUACACGUGACGCGUUUUAACACAUUAAUAUAUCGUAUGUAUCUGUAACUGUUUUCUUACUUUGUGAAUGCUUUUUCAGUUGUUCCUUCAUUGACGAAAAUGAGAAAAUACAAUCAGUAACAAACAUUUACACAUGAAAAUAAAAUUUACAAGCUUGCCACA